AUGACUGUCGGGACGAAGAAGCCAAUAUCGUUGAAUGUAGAGCUGUUCUACGACGAAAACGUGCUCUCGUGGAGCAAACGGCUUCUGAGCUUGUCCGGUCUCUGGCCGGAUAAUGGGAACGACGUACGGUUUUUCUUCUACAUUACGUACGUCAUGAUCUUCACUUGGCUGGAGAUCGUGACGCUGUUACAGAACAUGCACGACCUUGAGAAGUCGCUGCAAAAUAUCACGUUAUCGUUCCCAACGAUCUUGAUAAUACUGAAGGCCGUGAUGUUUCGGCUGAACAUGCAUCUCCUGUUACCUCUGCUGGCAGUCGUGAAAAGGGAUGUGGAGCAAGGCCUGUAUCAGUCGCUGGAGGAACGACGAACAGUGAUGUGGUACAACAUCGCCGCCACGUUAUUCUCCACCUCGUCGGCCUUGUCGUUAUUCUUCGUGCCCACGUUGUUUUACGCGAAGCCGAUCGUCAGCUGUCUUUUAUCGAAAUUCGACAAUUGUUCCCUUCCUUACGAAUUACCGAUGAGAGUGGGUUCAGUGUACGAGGUAACAGAAAUGCAGACGUACGCAUUAUUCUGCGUUUAUUUGAUACCAACGAGUUUGAUGCUAACGAUCGGGGCAACCGGCGCGGAUAGUCUUCUGGUGACGCUAACAUUUUACCUGUGCAGUCAACUCUCGAUUCUGUCACAACGCAUUCGAAAUAUCGAUAUGGAACCGAAAAAAUAUUUACCAAAGAUGCGGGCGCUCGUUGAACGACACACAGAGCUUUUGCGAUUGGCAGCUACCUUGGCAGAAACAUUCAGUUCACUUAUGUUUGUCCAGACAUUGGGUUUAAUAUUCUCUUUAUGCAUCGUGGUCUACCAAUUACUUAUGACGAGCGAAUCUGACGGAAGUGACGUGAACACGAUACAUUUUAUCAUUUAUUCCUGCGCUGUCGUAUUAUUAGCAUUUUGCUACUGUUUUCUGGGAGAGUGUCUAAUUACCGAGAGUAGUGAAAUACAAUUCGCCUGUUACUAUACCAAGUGGUACGAUCUGCCAGAAGAGUACGUUCGCUCUUUAACGUUUUGCAUCGCUAGAUCACAAAAACCAUUGUACUUGACCGCCGGAAAAUUUUAUGUAUUCUCGUUAGAAACAUUCGGAACGAUAAUGAAAGCAUCGAUGGCAUAUCUAUCUGUAAUGAAAAGUAUUAUUUAA